ACCAGCUGAAAUAUCGGCAGUCGCCCAGCCCGGCCAUCCCAUCCCAUUGCCUAUCAUACCAAUACCUUCAUUCGGCUUCACACAAAAGCCCCCACCAUAUCCGCUCAUCAACCACCCAGCCACUUGUUCCCUUUUUUGAUUUAGUGCACCUCCAACCAUGUCCGAUGAUGAUUUCAUGAUCGAAUCUGACCAGGAGGGUUACGAUUUCGAGUACGAGGACGAGGGGGAGGAGGAAUCCGGAGACGUAGACGUGGAAAACAAAUACUACAACGCUAAGCAGAUGAAGCCGAGCGACCCCCGGGGUGCGAUAGACGAGUUUCUAGGAGUCGUCGGCCUAGAGAAGGAGAAGGGUGAUUGGUAGGUUCCCCCAGACGUUGGGUAGGGGGUGGGUUUACAGGUAGCUAAGAAUUUGUGAUUGCUAGGGGAUUCAAGGGCUUGAAGCAAGCUAUCAAGCUUGAGUUCAAACUCAAGAAGCAUGACCGGGUAUUCCGCCUUUUCAGCCAUAUUCUUCCCGCCCACUGAUCCCCCGUAAUUCCCUCCAGGCUGUCGAACAUUUUGAUGAACUCCUCACCUAUAUCCGCUCCGCCGUCACACGCAACUAUUCUGAAAAGUCCCUCAACAAUAUGCUGGACUUUAUCUCUUCUUCUAACGACGAGGAUGAUAUGCCUUACAUGGAGAGAUUCUACGACAUGACGCUUGCCGCUUUCCAGGGGACUAACAAUGAACGUCUAUGGCUGAAGACUAACAUCAAAUUAGCGAAGUUGUGGCUUGAUAGGAAGGAAUAUGCACGUCUUCAGAAGAACAUCCGUCUCCUCCAUAAGGCUUGCCAGAGACCUGACGGCAGCGAUGACCCUUCCAAGGGAACCUAUCUUCUCGAGGUCUACGCCAUUGAGAUACAGAUGUAUUCGGAGACUGGGAAUAAUAAAAAAAUGAAGGUGAUGCGGAGACCUUUCCUCCCACGGUGAAAAUCCGAGUCUAAGUUUUUCGCAGGAGUUAUAUAAUCAAUCUCUACGCGUUCGCUCUGCCGUGCCCCAUCCGAGGAUCAUGGGAAUCAUUCGGGAAUGUGGUGGGAAGAUGCACAUGAAUGAAGGUAUUUGGUUGACCGUUUGAUUCUAUCCUUCAUUUGGGCCUAACUCGUUGUGUAGAAAACUGGAAGGAAGCUCAGAGUGACUUCUUCGAGGCAUUUCGAAACUACGAUGAAGCUGGCUCAAUCCAGAGGAUACAGGUACUGAAGUAUCUUGUCCUAGCUAGUAUGCUCAUGAAGUCGGAGAUCAAUCCCUUUGAAUCUCAAGAGACCAAGCCGUAAGCCCUCCCCUAUCUUUCCCGGGGCCGUCGUCUAAUCACCCUACAGAUAUAAGUCGGACCCUCGCAUCCAAGCUAUGACGGACCUUGUAGAGGCGUACCAACGUAACGAGAUUCAUCGUUACGAGUCGAUACUGGAGAUUCACAAGGCCGAAAUACUAUCGGAUCCCUUUAUCCGCGAGCACAUCGAUGAAGUUACCCGCAACAUCCGUACUGAAGCCCUCUUGAAGCUUAUCGCUCCAUUCAGCCGGUUUACCCUUGACUUCAUCGCCAGGCAGCUUAAGAUACAGGUUACAGAGGUCCAAGAGAUUUUGGGAUUUCUUAUCCUUGACAAGAAGAUACGCGGCAAAAUCAACCAGCAGAAGGGCACGAUUGAAAUUGAGGUUAAUGUCGAUGCCGAACGAAUGAAGGCGAUGAAGGAUUGGUCCGCUGCCCUGGGAGCCCUUUCCUAUUCCCUCUUUAAUGAUGGCGACGGUUUCAAGAGUGAUGACACAGGUCUGAUGGGCGGUAAGUACAAAGCGCCGGACAGGGGCACCCUCUCCACGAUCCUUGGAAAUAAGCUUUGGUCAUGAGGAAGUUUGUUGAUCGCAAUGUUAGGUAUGGACGUGGGACGCCGGCGCAUGUGAGGCGAUAAUAGAACGGAAAUGGAGUUUGGGUUUUGAGGUUUCACAUUGAAAAAAUAAUAGUUUUCUCAUAGCCUCUUGUAUCAGUGGCUCUUAGUCAAUCUCCUGCUCUUGUCCGAGUCAAUUGGCUUUAGCUUUUCCCUCUUUCUUGGCAAAAUGAAACCCUCUUUGAUCUCUAGAAAAGGGUUUCACGGAAAAUCACUCGUUUCCUGAAUGUUCAUGGGAGGGAUCAGCGGUUCACCGGUCACACCGGGGAAAUCGCUUUCAAUGAGGAAAUAAGAACAAUACAGAAUGCAGCCAUGUUGUAAUAUGCCGUUUUUAAGGAAACACUCGCCCGCAAAAUCACCCCGGGCGCCAGAAAUUAGAGCGUGAUGAAGUGCAAUACCCCAAACCAAGCAAAAUAUCGAUCAAGGGAAACAAGCCAAGAGCAGUUCACCACCCAUCAUCCAUUCGUUCACACAUUCCAUCCCCGUCCGCACAGACGAACCGGUUUACCACAUCGCACCGCCCACCCAUUUCCUGACGCAUUAUCGUCCACAACAUCUAAUACUCAUCCAUCCCCUCCGCCGUCAUAUCCCUCCGGAUACUCAACUCGGACAGCGUCUCAUUCCCUUCAAUCACAAGCCCCUUCUCGUUCGCCAAGUGCAGCAGACAAAUGAAGCAAUAAGAGGUGGAAAUAUCCGCCAUGGCUUUCUGCGGGUAAACCUCCUGCAGUCCGUUCAUGAUCCGCGUGAACUUGCGCUCCUCCACCUUGACGUCUUCCAUUUCUUCUUCAUCCUUCACCGCAUUCU